AUGCUCUUCGACGUUGUGCAACAAGGGCAGUACUUCUCUUUGGUACAUAACGACUUGAUUUUCGCGCGGCUGAGUAAAGGAUUGUGCACACUGUUGCUCUCCCUUGUGUCUCAACAUCAACUAUGCGUCUUAGCAUACGUCCCGAGUGAGGCCUCUGUUUUGGAAGCGGAUUUUUGGUGCAUGCGAGCUGGCUCCAAGCUUCCAAUAGAGCUGAAUAUUUAUGGACACCGUGAGGACGCUGACGCUAUCGGUCGAACUCUUUCCAAGGCCGGUGCCUAUCUUCAAUUCCCUCGAAGCGGGCUACAAGGAGUGGAGUACUAUAAUCCACACUUCUUUCGAAUGGAAGGUUACCCGGAGCAAGCAUCGAUCGAAACUCUGCUUUUAUCUCCGCCAGAAGUGGUGGAAGCCAGAGACCAGGCUCCCGACGAAGAGUCUACAGCCGAUAAUGCAGAUGCGGUUGAUGAGAUCCUUGGUUCGCUAUCAUACCAUAAUCUCCGUGAUGGCAUUCAAGUUGACAGUCGCAUCAAAAGUGUGCUUUUCCCCUACCAAAGGGAAGCAAUCGACUUUAUCCUCAAACGAGAGACUGGCGAUAUCCCCUCGGAACUUAGCCUCUGGAAGUAUAAUAGCACUGAUGCGGAUGAACCUUUUUAUCAGCAUGUGUUCAGUGGAGCAAAGCGUCCAAGUCAGGAAGAGGCUGAAGGCGGAAUCCUGGCAGAUGAUAUGGGAUUAGGGAAAUCCCUCGUCCUAUUGUCAACUAUAGCAGGUUCACUAGAUCGGGCAAAUGCAUUUGCUGAAUCCAAUCAACGGUCUGCAGCGACGCUGAUCGUGGUGUCAUCAACUCGUAAGUGCUAUAUGUUACAGAAGAAAGAAAAAAGAUCAAAACGGACUCAAACUGAUUUGAACCAAGUCUUGAUCGACAACUGGGUUGAACAGAUUCAAAAGCAUACUUAUCCCGGUGGUCUAUCGUGUCACCGACACACUGGUACACAACGGCAUAAAGAAGCACAUCUACUGUACCAUAAGUCUAUAGUGUUCACGACAUACGCCACAUUGGCGGCCGACGCGUCUCGCGGUAGCUUAUCCAGAGUCCACUGGUUCAGGAUCGUUUUGGAUGAAGCACACGAUAUCAGAAACCGCAGAACGAACCAGUUCAAAGCCGUCAUCGCGCUUUCGGCAAAGCAUCGCUGGUGCCUAACUGGAACACCCAUUCAGAACAGUAUGGAUGAUCUUGGAGCUUUAGUAUCUUUCCUAAGGGUACCAGUCCUUGAAAAUGCUCCGACAUUCCACAAGUUCAUCACAAGUCCAGCAACGUCCUCCACUUCAAAAGACCGGUUCAAGAAUCUACGAACAUUACUUGAGACCAUAUGUUUAAGAAGAACAAGAGAUAUAUUGCCCCUGAGGCCUCCGGUCACGUAUGUCCGAGAGGUCUUGCUUACCGCUUCUGAACGACAAGAGUACAACAAUCUCAUCCAAAAAGGUAAAACACAACUGGAUAUGAUAACUAGCGGGCACAGCAAAAGGAAAGUGAGCUCUGUAGUGCUCCAGUCGAUUCUCAAACUACGUCUCUUUUGCAACAACGGCACAUCAAUCGAUAACAAACAAUUUGAGGUUACGGGUCUUCCAUCCGACCCAGAUGAAGCAUUGGCAUAUCUUCAACAACAUGACCGCAAUAUCUGUGCCAUUUGCUCUGCUACGAUUUACUCUAUCGAUAGUUCUGAAAAGACGGAUGGUGGUAGGUUCAUAUUUUCCUGUUGUCACUUAUUUUGUCGCACUUGCAUGCCUCAGUAUCGAAAGCGGAAAUCACCUUGUCCAGCCUGCCAGCAAGAAGGAGGCGAAGCCGAACUUCCAGGCGUUCAGCCCAUGCAAGAUGGGCAGGCAAGCAUGGGGACAAGCGGACAGACUGGCGAUGGUCGUGCUAUUGACGAAUACCCGUCGAAGUUACUCUGUCUCUUGGACGAUAUCCGCGAACAUAAUACACAAAAAAGCAUCGUGUUUUCUUGCUGGAAAAAGACACUUUUCCUCGUCAGCAACCUUCUUUCGCAUCAUUCCAUUAGAAACGGUAUAAUCCAUGGUUCGCGAACGCUCGCUGAACGCACCAAAACCUUGAAGGAGUUUCAGUCGAAAACUGGCCCAACUAUUCUACUUAUGACGUUGGGGACAGGUGCCGUAGGAUUGAACCUUGCCGUUGCAUCACGUAUUUACCUCCUGGAGCCGCAAUGGAACCCGUCUAUCGAGGAGCAGGCGAUUGGGAGAGCGCUUCGACUCGGUCAAGAAUCUCAAGUCGUUGUUGUCAGAUACAUCACAGCAAAGACGGUUGAACAGGUCUGGGAGCAUGCGUUGCUCGUCUUGCUCUCGCUAACAGUUUGCAGGCUGAUGUCGUAUUUCGUCAAAGACGAAAAUUGCAGUUGGUUGGCGGGGGAUUCGGCAAAGGGAAGAACGCAUCAUCGGAGGCUUCCGUGGAGUCGCUGUUGCAUGUUUUUGACGAUGACGGGCAUCGACAUAGGGUCCAAAGCCUGGCUUUCUUUCGGCAUUUUCCUGGGUUGGGUUGUACACAAAUUCUUAAGUAGACUGUUUCAGAUCAAGCCAGUAGCUUCUCGAUAA